CGCCUCUGGCUCUGACUGGUCUUUGUUCUGUCCUAGCCGUCCUCUGGUACACUCGACUUCGUUGUUGCUCAGUUUCUCCGCAUCUCUCAGGCUGUGCUGUAAUCUCUACAGCUCCUGUCGCUUGACAACCCGGCGUCUGUCUCGACUCCUACUCCUCACUUGGCUUAUCUCGAGAUACUUUCAGGUUACCAUUUGCCCUGAUAGCUACGCGAUCCCUCCACGAGCUCCCGCUGUGUCUUGGUUACCUCCUGCAGACCAGCCAAUUCACCACUUUCUCGGACCAGAUGAUCCAUCUCGGCCCGUCGCUCCCUGUCACCUGCUCGUCCUGUACGGCUGAGGCAGCCUCGUCUGUGGUCGGACAACUCUAGUGGUAGAGAGUAGCACGGACAUCUAUACAGAGAGAGGUGUAGAGAGAGGUGUAUAGAGAGAGAGAGAGAGAAAGAGAGAGCCAGGGAGAAAAGGGUGCAUUGGAGUUCUCGCCUUAAAUCCCCUCACGCCGCCUCGACCUCGCUCAAUCAUAUGGCUACUAUCGCCCUCCCUAGACCUCUCCCUCCCCACCGACCCUCAUCCUCCAUCGCCAGUCUCUCCUCCGCCCUGGGCAUCGACACUCUCGAGGACCAGCCUGAGCCGUGCCCACCCGCAGUCCCUAACAAACAUAUACCAAUCUGUCCUCCCGGGCCUGUCCCGCAACAGGAUCCUGCCACUCCUCCUCCAUCCCCGGGGAGACGAGAACAGGGUCUGCAGCAGUCUCUCCUCUAUCCCCCAACAAACUUCAACCGUGUCAGCUCAGUAUCCGCCGCCGUCUACGAGAUAUCUGCUGCGCAGAUCGCCGAGGCUCUGGACCACCUCUCCCGCCAACCCCUCCCGGCGCCCGCUCAGGUCUUCCCAUGGCUGCACGGCCUGCACCCUCUCAAUCACCUGCAGCAGUCGUUCUUUGCUGCCCGGAACCGGAGCGCGAGGAAGACACCCUGCUGCCUGCGCGGCAUUGCUCUGGUCAAGACAGACGGCGACUUGAGCGUCUCCCGGCUGAAGGGGGCCAUCUCUCCCCAUGAAUUUAUGCACUGCUCCUCCGUCCCCGAGUUCCAAGAUGUCGACCCGAGGGAUGGCUUCUCGGUCAGGAAUUUUCAGAUCCAGGCCGCGAAAUCCGCCAUGACUUCGGACGUUGUUGUCUAUGGGGACGACGUGCACGCGUCGCGCAAGAUGGCGAGGGAUAUCGCCGCGGCCCAGCAGAGGUGGCGAGACAGGCAUGAUGUCCAGGGCCACCCUAUACCGACAUACAAUACUUUCCUGUGUACAAGUUCCUUUCGUGAAUUUGAAGAGAAAUAUCCCCAUCUCGUGGCUGUCGACUCUGACGGGCUCUUGACAGGCCAUGUCCUCGACUUUGUCCAUCAGGAGCGCAGGGAGAUGUUUAUCAUGACGAAGCCGUCUGAGAUUGCCCACAAUGUCUGGAUGGGUCCCACACUCGAUCGCGGCUCGGACGAGGAUGGGUUGGAUGCCUUUGACCUGUCGAUUGAGUGCAGUGACCUGGGUCGUCUCUGCCCUGCCACCUUACGAGACAUUGCCGAAGGCAGGGUGGACGGGACGCAAGCCUGCCUUGACUUCCCCUCGUCUGGAAGUAUCCUUCCUUCCUCGUGGUCACAUGCGGAGGCCGACGGCAUUGUCGAGACGUGCAGGUGGAUAUACCACCUCGCACACGGCACCUGUCCGUCACCCUCCGACAGCGAGAACGAUGAGGAUGGUGACGCCGUAAUGGUAAACCAGGCACACCAAUCGUCACCUAGAUGCCGACCCCACAAGAUUCUCAUCCACUGCGGUGAUGGGUACACCGAGUCCACCAUGUUAGGGAUUGCUUAUUACAGCUUCAGCUCUGGCCGCUCUAUUCCGGACGCCUGGCUGAAUCUACAUACUACCCUCGGGCGCAACUUUUUUGCAUAUCCAGCCGACGUCUCUCUUUUGACUUCCAUUGCUCCUCGUCUACUAUCGAACUCGCCCGCUCUCGUGGCCAAAACCCCCUCGGAGAUAGACGCACUGGCUGCCGACGAACCCGACUGGCUACCGGGUCUUGAUGGGUCGUUCCCGAGCCGGAUUCUACCCUAUUUGUACUUGGGCAAUCUCACUCACGCCAACAACCCCGAGCUCUUGAGUGCUCUGGGGAUAGGGCAGCUCCUUAGCGUGGGAGAGUCGGCCAUGUGGCGCGAUGGAGAGCUGGAGCGUUGGGGGCCUGAGAACGUGUGUGCCAUUCAAGAUGUCCAAGAUAAUGGUAUAGAUCCUUUGACGGACCAAUUCGAGCGGUGUCUCGAGUUUAUAGAUCGGGGUCGGAAAAACGGCACUGCGACACUUGUGCAUUGCCGCGUGGGUGUUUCUCGCAGUGCAACCAUAUGUAUUGCCGAGGUCAUGCGAGCCCUGGACCUCUCCUUUCCCCGUGCCUAUUGUUUUGUUCGCGCGCGAAGGCUGAACGUCAUCAUCCAACCACAUCUGCGCUUUGCAUACGAGCUGCUGAAGUGGGAGGAGACCCUGAGGUGCAGAAAAUCUGCUGAGGCGGGUGCGGCUGGAUUACCCGUGGUCAAACGAGAGCUGGAGUGGGCUGAGAUCGCGAGGGAAAUCGCCCUGAUGAAUCGGCCCUAUGCAAGAUGAUACCCAGUUGCCGUGGCAUGGCCGGCCCUUGCUCAGGAGAGAAAACAGCCCCAUGUGGUGGGCUAGGUUACAGAAACGACUUCUUUACGAUUUACGAAACGGCCACAUGCUUUGGGAAUCAUGAUUGAUGGACGGAUGGAUGGAUGGCAGACCAUAUUUGCUGGGGACCCUUCUGAGGGGAGUCGGAUGGUCUCAAAAUACGGAGCAUCCCUUCAUGAUGGAGCUAUGUAUUCUGAUUACAACAUUUUUUGGGCCGAUAUGGCGACGCACACAAUCAAUUAGGAUUUGUCAUGCCCGCUAUGCGGGCUUUUCGUU